UAUCUGCUGCAUGGCAGGAUGCUCGCGUUUCAUUCUAAUCAGAUAUGCGGUUUGGAUGUAGCUGCCAGUGUCGAUGGAUAUAGGAACCAUGAAAAAAGUUGCACUCAUAGGAGUGCUUUUGUUGCCCAAGGCAAAAUCGUCGUCAGGGUGUCAUCCUCAUAUUAAUCUUGUGAAAGAGGAGGAAAAGUGCAUCGCAGAUCUGCUACUUUAUAAGUCUGAAAGAGCAACCGAAAACAACAUCAGCGUACUCUGUAAGGGCAUGUGGGAUGACCUGAACUGCUGGCCGGCUGCCUCUCUCGGGCAAACCGUUGCUCAGCCGUGUCCGGAGUUCUUCAACUCGGCCGGUACGGUGCAACGCAACUGCACUGCCAGUGGCUGGACCGACCCGCUCGUCCCACACGAGGACGCGUGCGGCUACACGUUCAACGAGACGCUGCACUUUCUUGGAGAGUCCCCAGACGCCCACACGUACUUCUCCUACGUGAAGACCAUGUACACGGCCGGCUACGCGCUCUCCCUCAUCUCGCUCUCCAUCGCCGUCACCAUAUUCUGCAUGUUUAGAAAGCUCCACUGCACCAGGAACCACAUCCACAUCCAGCUGUUCGUCUCCUUCAUGCUGAGGGCCAUCUUCAUCUUCGUCCGCGACUCUCUGCUGUUCACCGACGAGGAGCUCUACCACUGCGACCACUACCCGGUGGCGUGCAAGGCGGCGCUCCUGUUCUCCAACUACUCCAUCCUGGCGAACUACAGCUGGCUGCUGGCGGAGGGACACUUCCUCUUCACCCUGGUGAGCCGCUCCUUCUUCUCCCUGAGGAAACACCUGGCCUGGUACAUCGUCCUGAGCUGGGGCCUACCUCUGACUGUUAUUGUCUCCUGGGGAUGUGCCAAGUAUUUUUAUGAAGACGAAGGUUGUUGGGAAACCAGGACCCAUGAAUGGAUUUGGUGGAUUCUUCGAGUACCGGUCCUUCUGACUAUUUCCAUGAAUCUCUUCUUUUUCUUGGGAAUUUUGAGGAUACUAGUGAGCAAACUGCAAAUGCCAGAUGCACAGAGGAAUGAAUUCUGCCAGUAUAAGACGCUGAUCAAAUCCACCUUCUUCCUGGUGGCUCUGUUCGGUCUGCACUACAUCCUGUUCGUCUUUCUGCCCGUGGAGGUCAGCAGCUCAGUCUUUAAGAUAUGGACGUUCGCCGAGCUCGCCCUGUCGUCCACACAGGGUUUCGUGGUGGCCGUGCUCUACUGCUUCAUGAACGGAGAGGUGCAGCAGGAGUUCCAGAGGAGGUGGCGGAGGUGGCGGCUGACCCGGCACCUGCCCAGCCGGCGCCGGGGGCGGCAACAACACGGCUCCAUCAGCCACAGCGGGUCGCCCCUCACGCAGGUGUCCCUGCUGCCCUGCUCCACGGGCGGCCCGGCCGCCAGCGGACUCCCCGUGGACACGCUGGAGGUGUGACUCUAGCCG